CUGAGUCGCGAUAUCUUAAGAUAAAGUGAUCAUCAUCUAAAUACAUUGUGAUAAAACGUAUUCAACUCUGCUAGCCUUAUAACUACAACGAAUAACAUUUAAAUCAUUUAAGUAUAUUGAAUAAUACGAAGCACGUGUGUGAUACCUAUGACUAAGAGUGACGGUUACAUUUGAUGCUUCAUUACCUAAAUACAAUGUCUUGAAUUUAACAAACAUGUGAUUACAAAAUAGAUAAGUUAUUACCGCGGAGUUAUUGCAGAAGACGGUAAAGUAAUUUCAAACAUGGGAUCGGCUUACGGUGCUCGUCCUCCAUCCAACACAGCUUACUUCGUAGCCCUGGCCGGGAUACUGUCCCUGCUCCUGCUCCUGUGCUGCUACUUCAUUUACUUCUGCGUUCGAAGAGUCAAAGAACUAUCUCAGCAGCCCCUGCCGUCGCCUGUGAAGUCUGUGCGCCCCCCUCCCCCGACCUCACCCCCCCGCAAGUCACCCGCCCGGAGUUUCAGGAGCCCUACCCACUACCCCGUACAACCCAGUGUACGCGAGAGUGCCACAGCGAUGGCUCGCUUGUGCCAGUUGCCAGCCUCCCAGACGGAUACCGUCCACCCACGAAGCCCUCGCAGCCCUCGCACCCCUGGCACCCCUCGCACCCCUGGCACCCCUCGCAACUCCGGCACUCCUCGCACCCCUCAAGUUCUUCCUCCCCCACGUAUAGUUAAGUCACCAAAACACCUGCAGCCACCGUCUGCACCUCCACCAAACGAAACCGUCCAAGCUCCGUGAUUGGAUACACUUCUUUAAAUUAUUGUCUGUCCGAUGUCUGCUGAUACUAUUAUUAGGUAUUUUAUAUUAAACAUAAAACUUAAUCAUUAUGGAAAACCUCACGAAAAACAAGUCAGAGGACGAAAAAUGACGGAUCGUGGAUGAUUAAUAUCUAUACAUUCUUUUUACUAUGUACUGGUGACCAAUUUCCGCUUUUAUAGCUUUUAUAUAUAUCGAAUAUAUCAAUUUCUCGAUGUAAUUAAUGCUUUUGAUAUGAAUAUUUAAUAAUCAUAUACCUAAAAAUGCUAUUUAAUGUCCAUUUGUGCCAAAAUUAGGUUAUUAGAUAAAUGUAAUUUAAAAUUGUUUAAAACCUUGUAGUCGUAUACAUUGCUGUCGUGACAUAAUCUCGCUCAUUCUUAUUAUAAUAUUAGAGAAAGCUGUAUAACUCGCUUACGAUGGCGCGACAUUACUCAAUUAGUUUUAAUACAUAACUAUUCUGUUUGGGCUGUAAAAGUUUCGUGCAGAUGAUUAAUUCCUGAUACUCGUAAAAGAUAAACUCAAAUCUUUAUCGGCAUAUUUUGAGUACACAUUAUCUUUGGUAACCCAAUGAAAUAUCAAAUUACAUUUAGUGAUAUCUUCAUAGAGACCGUUCCGAGGCUGAGGCGCUAGGACCUUUCCGUUACUGAUGUAAUGAUUAUUAUGUUUCUAGCAAACAUUCGUCUAAACCUCUCUUCCGACACAUUCAUAUUUGUCUUAGCAAUAGUAUCUAGCUUGUUGGUUUUCAGUAAUUUUAAGUAAUUCAGUCUCCACACUUGUAUAGCAUUCAUUAUAUCAGUCGUCAUAAUACCCACAGUAUUAAGUAACUCGUGUUCAGCCACUACACUACCUCCGUCUACAACUCUUUGACAAUCUUUUAUAAGACCCGUU